GCAAUCGGUUGCAUUCUCUUCAACAGCUAAUUACAUACAAAAUGAUCUCAACGAAGGUUUUAUGCUUAUUACUGUUGUGCUUGAUACACGCACGAAGAUCAAGUGCAUUCCCGCUGCUUGAUUAUUUCAACUCCGAGCCGGAAAGUGGAAACGCAGUUUCACGCGACGUAGAAGAAAGCUCUACUGCUCUGGCGGAGCUUGCAUCCGAUAGUGACACCAGUCGAGGUCCAUUGAUUCAAUAUGAUACGGUUGUUCCAGUACUAAAAGUCGUCUUGACACCAAUCGGUCGCAUCCUGCAGCCGCUGAUCGAACGAUGGAUUGCCGAUCGUUUGGGACCCUACGUCGAGUCGAUCGGCCGUGCUGUGGAGGGCUUUUCGCGAUUUGCAACCGAUCACGUUUCGUUCCAAACCGGAGAUACCUACUACACGAAACAUGAUCUGAUCGAUGGCUACGGCUAUAACUCACUGAUCAUUACGUUGGCAUCGGGCAGAACGUUUACCGUGCUAACACACAAAUCCAGCCGAAAAAUGAACAUCCUGGACGAGUUCCCUCAGUUGUCCGAAGCCCUGAACGAGGUCCGGAAGUUGCAGUGAAUUGUGAAUAUUUAAGUUUUGAUGAAAGACUGAUAGGUGGAAAGGAGUAAUCGUAAGCCUGAUUUAUUUAUUUAUUUAUUUAUGUGUGUGACUGGAAAGUAACAGUCAGCUUAUUUUGAAGUGUAAAAAAUUGUAUUAGC